GAGGCACCCAGAGGAUUAGGAAGGAGAUGCAGCUAGGAAAAGAGUCGCCUCUUUGAGGUCUUCCUCUUGCUGUUCAGUUUGGAAAAACUGCUGCAGAGCCUUCGAGAUAAACAGGAACAGGAGGAGUCAACCAAGCCCUUUCUUGCAGGAGCAUUUCAGAGCUCAUUUGUCCUGGGUGUAAUAGAGUAUGCCUCACUGAAGAUGUAACUGAACUAUUUUUUCUAAAGUGCUUUUCUACUGGGCAAUCCGAUAUGGCUAGGAAUUGCUCAGAGUGCAAGGAGAAGAGAGCGGCACACAUCCUCUGUACUUACUGCAACCGCUGGCUGUGCAGCUCCUGCACAGAGGAGCAUAGGCAUGGACCUUCUCCAGGAGGCCCACUCUUUCCCAGAACCCAGAAAGGAUCUCCAGGAGUGAAUGGUGGUGCUGGGGACUAUGCCUUGUACUGUCCUCUGCACACUCAGGAAGUGCUUAAACUAUUCUGCGAGACUUGUGACGUGCUCACGUGCCAUAGCUGCCUCAUGGUGGAACACAAAGAACACAGGUGCAGACACCUUGAAGAAGUUUUGCAAAAUCAGAGGAUGCUUCUGGAAAGUGUGACUACACAGGUGGCACAUAAAAAAUCAAGUCUACAGACAUCUGCAAAGCAAAUUGAGGACAGGAUUUUUGAGGUGAAGCAUCAGCACAGGAAGGUGGAAAACCAGAUUAAAAUGGCCAAGAUGGUGCUGAUGAAUGAGUUGAACAAGCAGGCCAAUGGAUUAAUAGAGGAAUUGGAGGGUAUUACAAAUGAGAGAAAGAGGAAACUGGAGCAGCAGUUACAGAGCAUCAUGGUUCUUAAUCGGCAGUUUGAACAUGUGCAAAAUUUCAUCAACUGGGCUGUCUGCAGCAAAACAAGCAUCCCCUUCCUUUUCAGCAAAGAGUUGAUUGUGUUUCAGAUGCAGCGAUUGCUAGAGACAAACUGUAACACAGAUCCUGGCUCUCCCUGGAAUAUCAAAUUCACCUGGGAACCGAACUUCUGGACCAAGCAGCUGGCUUCCCUUGGCUGUAUAACCACUGAAGGUGGCCAAUACUCCCGUGCAGAAACUCCUGCUUAUGGUGCUCUCCAGGGACCAUCAUCCUUCUAUCAGAGCCACCAGUCCCCAGCUACCCAGCAAGAGACACUUAGUCAUCCCUCUCACAAGUUCCAGUCUUCAGUCCUCUGCUCCUCAUCUGUGUGCUGUUCUCACUGUUCCCCUGUAUCACCCUCUCUCAAAGGCCAGAUGCCUCCACCUACCAUGCACCCCACCCACAGCUUCCGGCAGUCAUCUGAGAUGGUGCCUCCACACCUGGGGCCACUGCAGUGCUCUAGCCUGAUGCCCAGGGAGAAGGAACUGGUCUGCAAUCCACACCCACCCAAGUUGCUGCAACCUUGGCUCGAAACUCAGCCCACAGUGGAGCCAGAGAACACUGCCCAGAGAGUGGGGCAGCCACUGACUUCCCAGCCAGUGUGUAUUGUGCCCCCACAAGAUGUUCAGCAAGGAGCCCCUGCCCAGUCCACUGUACAGGCUCCAUCCAUCCAAGUCCAGUUCGGCCACCAUCAGAAGCUAAAGCUCAGCCACUUUCAACAGCAACCACCACAGCAGCCACCACCACCAUUGCCCCUGCCACCUGCACCUCAGCAGCAGCCUCCCAUACCUUUACCUCCAUCUCAGCACAUGGCUCCCAGUCAGCAUGAGAGCCCCCCUGGGUCUGCCUGCUCCCAGAAUGUGGACUUGAUGCACCACAAAUUUGAACUGGAGGAGAUGCAGAAAGACUUGGAACUUCUCCUUCAGGCCCAGCAGCCCAGCCUACAGCUGAGUCAGACUAAGUCUCCUCAGCAUCUUCAGCAGACCAUCGUGGGCCAGAUCAACUAUAUUGUGAGGCAGCCAGCACCUGUUCAGUCCCAGAACCAGGAGGACACUGUGCAGGCUGUUGAUGAGCACCAAACAUCUGAAGGCCCAAAGCCAGCUCUCCCUCUUGAUAAGAAUACUGCUGCUACCUUGUCCCAGUCUUCUGGGGAAGAAACUCCUCACAGUGUCCCCCAACUGGACAGCACCAUCCAGCACUCCUCUCCAACUGUGGUGAGAAAGCACUCCACCUCAGUGAGCAUCAUGGGCUUUUCUAACACACUGGAAAUGGAGUUGUCAUCCAACAGGCUGACAAGAACCUUAGAACCACAGAUCCAGAGUGUGAGCAGCCUGACAACAGGUACCCCCCAGACAGUACAAAGCCUGCUGAGUGGCCCCCCACCAACUGUGUCCAGCCUGGCAAACAGUCAAAACCAGACUGUGCCCAGCCUGACAGCCAGCCAUCUGCAACCUGUACCCAGCCUUAUGCGUGGUGCUCCCCAGUCCAUGCUCAACCCUAUGAGUGAGUCCUCCCUGGCUAUCCCGAGCCUGGCAAAUGAUCGCUCUCAGCCUGGGCCUAACCCAGUGUCUACUCCCACUGAGUCUGUGACGAGUCUGGCAGCUUGUCCUCAUCCAGGCUUGCCCCCAGCUUCUGACACACAGUCAGAAACUGGAUCCAGUUCAAGCUGCAGUUCAAGCUCUGGCCGAGGCACUGACAACCUGUGCCCUCUGGAUGGGCCCAACCCCUCCCUUGGAACUACACUUUGUAAGAUUGAAAGUGAGGACUCCACCCGCUUCACUGAUUCUCUGGGACAAGGACCCAUGGCCCCUGGUCUGGAUGCCUCCAAAGACUUGGUUAUUCCUUCAGAACCUGAGGAGCCAAUUAAUCUCUCUGUGAAAAAAUCUCCACUGGUUCCAGUGGUCAGCACAUCCAUGGCUUUGCAACAGUACCAGAAUCCAAAAGAGUAUGACAACUUUGAUCAAGGAGCCCUGGAGCCAAAUACCAAGGAAAACCACAGUAUCAGCUCCUUCACCAGUGAGCCCAAGAUCCCCUAUGUGCGACUGGAGCGACUUAAGAUUUGUGCCACUUCUUCAGGAGAGAUGCCUGUGUUCAAGCUGAAGCCCCAGAAGAAUGAUCAGGAUGGGAGAUUCCUGUUGAUCAUUGAGUGUGGCACUCAGUCCUCUAGCAUGUCCAUUAAGGUCAGCCAAGACCACAGCUCAGAUGCCAUACAGACCCCUAGCCUGGGGGGAAGAAAGGUCACUGUCACUUCUAUGCCUGGGCAGCGACCUUCAGAGGUGGAGGGGGCAGCCUCUGAAGAACCAAGACUUCCUCCUCGUACCCCUGGAGCUAAGAAGGGACCCCCAGUUCCAAUAGAAAAUGAAGACUUCUGUGCUGUGUGCCUCAAUGGGGGAGAGUUGUUGUGCUGUGACCGCUGCCCCAAAGUGUAUCAUCUCUCCUGUCACCUGCCAGCCCUGCUCAGCUUCCCUGGGGGAGAUUGGGUGUGUACCCUGUGUCGCAGCCUGACACAGCCUGAAAUGGAGUACGACUGUGAGAACGCCCGCUACAAUCAGCCUGGGGUACGGGCUCCUCCUGGCCUGAGCCUAUUUGAUCAGAAGAAGUGUGAGAAGCUGGUCCUGUCGCUAUGCUGCAACAGUCUCAGCCUGCCUUUCCAUGAGCCUGUCAGUCCACUGGCCCGGCAUUAUUAUCAGAUUAUUAAGAGGCCAAUGGAUCUAUCAAUCAUUCGGAGGAAGCUACAGAAGAAAGACCCAGCUCACUACACCACCCCAGAAGAGGUGGUGUCUGAUGUGCGCCUCAUGUUCUGGAACUGCGCUAAGUUCAAUUAUCCUGACUCAGAGGUGGCUGAGGCUGGCCGCUGCCUGGAAGUGUUCUUUGAGGGCUGGUUGAAAGACAUCUAUCCAGAGAAGCAGUUUGCCCAGCCCAGGCAGGAGGAUUCAGACUCAGAGGAGGUAUCCAGUGAGAGUACGUGCUCCACGCCCCAGAGCUUCCCGUGGCCCUCUUACAUGCAAGAGGGUAUCCAGCCUAAGAGGCGGCGGCGACAUAUGGACAACGAAAAAGCAAAAAGAAUGUCUUUUCGUCUGACCAACAGCAUCUCCCAAGUGUGAGAGCUGGAAGGAGGCCGAGCUGCCCGGCCACCGGCACCCCGUCCUAUUGACCACUUCUUCCCACCUUUCAGCUCAUUUUCUUGAGAUUGUGGAUGUGAGACAGUCUUGUGGAGCUGUGUCGUGAUCUUCUUUGCCGUUCACAUCAUACAGCAUUUAUUUGGGAGCCUUCUUGCAUCCAUGUCAGAGAUAUCAGGAAUAAACCAACAAGAGGGGAGGAGUUCCCGACUCCUGGCAGGGUCAGAUGUGCAGGGUCUAGAAGAGCUCCAGGCCAGUUGGUCUGGGGAAAACCCGUUUGCCUUGGUGAAUUCUUGCUGCUGAGGAAAGUAGACUUUUCUCACCUUUCAGUUUGCAGGGCAUAGGAGGAAUGUAUAUAGCCAGACUUCUCCUGGUCCCAGAAGAAGGUGAAAGAAGGUAGAGGUUCUGACAUAGAGCAGGCCUCUUAUUCCUGGCCAGCACAGCCAAAGACUGUCACUGUUUGCCUUUGAUUGGCCUGCCAGGGUUGAAGUCACCUGCCCUGGGCAGGGUAAUGAACGGAGGCUUCUAGAGGCCAUUGGUCUCAAUUGGUGCCUAUUUGAGUUUUAAUGGUUUUCAGGGUAUUUGCCUUUCCCAGUUCCUUUCCUGAUGUUGACCAGGUGGCCUCUGGAAAAGUGUCAUGGACACCAUGGACCUGUCAGUGUGGUGGUGUAGGCUGAUAUCGCACAUGCCAGCUAAAGAAGAUGUACUUCAGCGCUCACCUUCUGUGCCACUUAUAAUUUAUUUUUGGCUCAUAGCUCAUCUUUGAUGUCAGAACCUGCCUUUCUGAAGUGGUUUCAGUAGCCACCCCCUUGUUACCACCGUUCUGAGGCCUAAGUCCUGAGUUCUGUCAGGAAAGCUGGGCAGCAGCUACCACUUGCAUCAGGUUCAGUAACACCUGAGGUUAGUGGGGUUCUUGCUUUAGAGAGUUCACUCUCCAUGUGCACUGAGCCAAAGAUCAGAGGGCAUAUUCUCAUUCGCCCACACCCCAGGCUGUCCUCAGCCUCAAGAGAGCUGAGACUCCACCUGUAGCCCUUUUGUGUUGAGGCAGUGGAGAGAUGAGCUGGGUCUGGAUCCACAGAAUAUCCACGGAGGAAGUUCUGUUAAAGUGGACAAGGGGGACAUUGGGAGGCAAGACGUGGUUUCGUUUGGAGCCUCUGAAGCAACUUUAGGAUGUGGCUUCUAGGAUGCAAAGAGGAGUGUUUCAGAAGUCAUGGGAGCAAGGAGCUCUAAGUUGCAUCUGAGAUGGAUCUUUGUGGCUCUUGGAGAAGGCUCAAAAAGAAGAGGCCUGCUGGAUGCUGGGGCUCAGGGCACUCACCAGAACAGGCUUGACUGAGAAGGAGCCUGUUACCGGUGGUGUUGGGGGACCUUUGGUUUUGGCUUUAGCCUCCUGGCCCUGAGGCAUAGGUUUGCCUGGUCCUACCAUUGCUUGGCUAAUUUCAAGAGUCUGAGAUCCUGACUUUGGGCUCAAGAUGCAGUUUACAGAACUUGUUGUUUGUGAGGCCUUUGUCAAUGGGAGGAUUUCAAAUGGAGAGAACAUCUGUCUUCUGCUGUGAGCCAGACCUGUUCAUUUUCUUCUCCACCUGACUCAAGCACAUUGUGCCCAUUGACUUGUCAUGAUUUCACCAGCACAUGCCAAGCUCCCCUUGGCACAUGGACUUGCAGGACCCUGUCUUCAAAUUUGGGGUCACCAAGUCCACUCCAGGGCUCAGGAAAUCUUUUGAGUUAGUCAUCUUCUCUUUGGGGCUCAGGGGACUUUCUGGCUUGGGCUUUGUUUGCAUCUCUUUCCAUUUUUAAAUGUUUUUCUCUUUAGUUAACUUGGCAAGGCUCCCUGUAAUUACUCCACUAAUUACUGCUCUUGGUUCCUCUUUGUUUUAUGGGGAGCCCACACCUCCCACCUCCUCAGAGUGAGCUUCAUGGUGCUUUGUGUGGGCAGCCAGGGGAUGUGGGGACAGCCUCAGACCUGACUGAGAACCACUUCUGGAGCAGCUGGUGGCCACAAACAAGAAGCAGAAAUACCUUGUUAAAGACUUGAAUUUCCUUCUAUCCCUGAGGGAAAUUUUUUCUAUCCCUACUGGGCUCUAGAAGCACCUGCUGGGUGAGGGGACUAUAGUAUCAUUCACUCCCUCCCUGUUACCAAGUCCCUGCAUGCUGAGGGGAUUCCUUUAGCAAGCCUGGGGUGGGGGUAGGACUCUUUCUUUUCAGCAGGGCCCUGGGGCACCUCUCUAUCCCUAUUAACAGUUUUCCCACCUCAUCACCUGCUCCCUGGAUUUCCCUGUGUACUUAAUAUCAAUAUUCUAGGCCUUGAUUUUGUUUCAGCUU